AUACCUUCAGAGCACUUUUCUCAAGAGUCCUGUCAGAUGUCUGCCAAUCAGAGGGCAGGGGUGUGUUAGAGGGCGCCCUCAUAAGGGCUUGAGAGCUGCGUUUGAGGCAUCCCAGCUGGGCAGGAGGAGGAUGAGGUGGAUACUGGUGCUGCUGGUCCUACUGGGCUGGGAGUGGAGCGCCCACGGCCUGCUCAGGGUUCCUCUGAAGCGGGUUCGCUCCGUCCGCAGCCAGCUGCGCAGCGCAGGGCUACUGGAGGAGUUCAUCCGGGAGCACCGGCCCUCCGUGUUCGCCCGGCGCUACGCUCAGUGCCUCCCCCAGGGGGGGGCAGCGCUGCAGCUCAGCCGCAGCAACGAGAAGCUCUUCAACUACCUGGACGCGCAGUACUAUGGCACCGUGAGCCUGGGGACUCCGGAGCAGAACUUCUCUGUUGUAUUUGACACCGGAUCAGCAGACCUCUGGGUUCCUUCGACCUACUGUGUCAGCCAGGCCUGUGAUCACCACCGCCAGUUCCGGGCGUUCGAGUCAGCCUCAUUCUCUCACGACGGACGCACCUUUGGUAUCAACUACGGAUCUGGACACCUGCUGGGAGUGAUGGGCAGAGAGACUCUGAAGGUGGCGGGGGUCCGUGUGGUGGACCAGGAGUUCGGGGAGUCGGUGUACGAGCCCGGCAGCUCCUUCCUGCUGGCGCGGUUUGACGGGGUGCUAGGCAUGGCCUACCCCCAGCUGGCGGAGGUCCUGGGGAAACCCGUGUUCGACAACAUGAUGUCUCAGAGCGUCCUGGAGGAACCUGUGUUCUCCUUCCACCUCACCAGGAGGACUGGAGGGGAGGCCGGAGGGGAAGGGGGAGAGCUGCUCCUGGGGGGGGAGGACCCAGACCUCUACAGCGGACCAAUCAACUGGCUGCCCGUCACCGCUAAGGGCUACUGGCAGAUCAAGAUGGACGGUGUGGCGGUCCAGGGGGUCCGGUCUCUCUGUCCUCACGGUUGCCAGGCGAUCGUGGACACGGGAACCUCCCUCAUCGCCGGGCCGACCAAUGACAUCAUCACCCUGCACCAGCUGAUCGGAGCCACGCCCACGGACAUCGGAGAGUAUUUGCUGGACUGCAACAGACUGUCCAGUCUCCCUCACGUCACCUUCAUCCUCGGAGGAGUCGAAUACACUCUGAACGCCGAGGAGUAUGUACGCAAGGAGAUGUUUGGGGAGAGGCAGUUGUGCUUCAGUGGUUUCCAGUCCGUUGACAUCAUGUCCUCUGAAGGGCCGCUAUGGAUCCUGGGAGAUGUAUUUCUGACGGAGUACUACAGCAUCUUUGACCGAGGUCACGAUCGGGUCGGAUUAGCUCGCUCUCGCCAACACUGACCAGUCUGCUAGUUAGAUGAGUUAUGAUCAGCUAGUUAAAAUAUUAAAGAGCUAGUUAGAAUGAUUAAGAUCUGUAGUUGAAUGGCUAGGUGAACUAAUAGUAGCUGGUCGAGCUAGUUAUGGACACCUAGUUAGGAACCAGCUUAACUAGGUGGUUGUUCUCUCGAAGGUUAGGUGUGUAAUUGACUAAUAAAAUGUUCCGAGUUC